CUGGGACCGGCGCGGGCGGGCGGACGGACGGACGGGCGGACGGACGGACGGCGUCUUUCCUCGGCCCUGCGCUCCGCCCGGGCGCCCCGCGCUCGCAGCUAUGACGGCCCAUUCCUUCGCCCUCCCGGUCAUCAUCUUCACCACGUUCUGGGGCCUCAUCGGCAUCGCGGGGCCCUGGUUCGUGCCGAAAGGACCUAACCGCGGAGUGAUCAUCACCAUGCUGAUUGCCACUGCGGUCUGCUGCUACCUCUUCUGGCUCAUUACCAUCCUGGCCCAGCUGAACCCCCUGUUUGGGCCCCAGCUGAAGAACGAGACCAUCUGGUACGUGCGGUUCCUGUGGGAGUGAGCAGCUGCGGCUCCUGGCCCCAGGUGCCUGCUGUCUGGAUGGCCCUGGCUCCGCGUCCUUGCCCACCUUCAUCCCCCCCCCCCCCCCCCCCCCCCCAGCUGUCCUGGGCCCUUGGGAUCCACAGCCCCAGGUCCCGCCUGCUCUGAGGAGGCCCUGCCUUCCCAGCCCGUGGGGGCAGGCGCCAGCAGGGGGCCUCGAGCCCGGCCACUCCCACAGAUCCAGAGCGUUCUGCCUCUCCCAAGCGGCUCCUGGCUGAGGCUCGGGUGCCGUGGAUCUGUCUGUGUACGUGGGGGUUAAGUCGGGGGGACGCUUGCCUGUCCCAGGAAGGAAAGGCAGCCCGUGGAGAAGGGACCCAGCCCACCAUGUGCCCACCAGGCCAGCUCCCCUCUCGGCCCCUCCCCCCCCUCGCUGUGCCAUGCAGGCCCUUGUUGAGUCGGUCACAGGCAUAUUCCAGCUGUGACCGGGAAUAGUCUUGGAUUUUCCUACACUCACAAAUGUGAAAUUUCUGAAGAUGUUGACUAUAGAGAAACAUUCAUGCUGGAAAAUCAACCCAAGUAGUUUGGGUCAUGAUCGAAACCCAGGUCCUUUGUGGCAUCUACAUCAUCCCGUGGCUUGCUGAGAAAGUUGUGUCUCCUCAGAAUGUCCUGUUCCACCUUCCUCCCCUGAGGACCGCCCCCCAGAUAAGCUCCGCCCCCAGAUAAGCUCCGCCCCCUCGAGCCUGUCACUCUGAGCAAGGCCUCCCGUCCUAUCCUGGAAGGCCUCUGCCCCGGGGAAAGCAAGCCAGCCCUGCUUAUUUAUUGACUAUUUAUUAUUUGGCACUCCUUCCCGGUAGUAGGCAUGGUCUUCAGCCACAGUCACGUGACGGGAGGCGUCUCACCUAGGCUCCAUGGCCUUAGCCAUGCCAGUCUCAGCCCAGGCUGGGGCCUCCCACGGACCCCACCUCACCCCCCCACCCCGGCCCUUUUCCCCUGAGCUUUCCUGUGGGGUGGCGUAUGGUGAGCGUGACUUGUACUGAAAACCUGAUUCCUGUGUAAUAAAUAACGGUGAUGCGA